CCAACAGAGGAGCUAUUGUUGGUCCAGGACUGGGCAGCGGUGGCAGGUUGUGUCAGGGUGUAUUUCACACUCACUCCCCCCCUCUACCUGUUGAAUAUUUAGAUAAACUCAGGUCGCAGAAGGACAUAAAAAAAGUUCAAGCUUGUCUGUACGCAGGUGAGUUGGCGGAAGCGAAGAAGACACUCGGGAAAGGAGGAAGUAAAUAAGGACGACACGACCGUUGGGCUCGGAGCUCAACAGGUCACUUCACUGUUCAUCGUAGCGGCUCGGACUUUUCCCUGCCUCCCUUCGCUUUAGAAUUAAAUCUACAAAUAGACAAAAGAUGCCGUACGGACCGUGGAAGAAGAAAAACAAAUCCACGAAGGAGCAUCUGGUGGAGAACGAGGAGGUAAGCGGCGGACACGCAGGUGCGGGGAGCUUGGCUAAAUCCGCCGUAAACGGAGCGGGGCUCCCGCCUCCACCUGCCAACCUGCGGCCCAAACUGGUCUUCCACACGCAGCUGGCCCACGGAAGCCCGACCGGCAGGAUCGAGGGGUUUUCUAACGUCAAAGAGUUGUACGCCAAGAUAGCAGAGGCGUUUAACAUCAGCGCACCUGAGAUCCUGUUCUGCACCCUCAACACCCACAAGAUCGACAUGGAGAAGCUGCUGGGAGGUCAGAUCGGCCUCGAGGACUUUAUUUUCGCCCACAUCAGAGGACUCAAAAAGGAAGUGGAAGUGUAUAAAUCUGAAGAUGCUCUUGGCCUCACGAUCACCGACAACGGAGCAGGAUUUGCCUUCAUAAAGCGAAUCAGAGAGGGCAGCGUCGCGGACAAGGUGAAGGUGAUCUGCGUGGGCGACCACAUAGAGUGCGUUAACGGGCGCAACAUCGUCGGGACGCGGCAUUACGAGGUCGCUCGCAUGCUGAAGGACCUUCCCAGAGACAAACCUUUCACCCUCAAACUGGUGGAGCCCAUGAAGGCUUUCGAAAUGCUCGAGCCGAGGUCAAAGGGCGGCAAACCAGGUGGUGACAACAAGAUCGGCACGGGGAGGAGCACCCUGAGGCUCCGGUCUAAAGGUCCAGCGACUGUGGAGGACGAGCCAACAGAAUUUGAGGAGAAAGCCAUAAAGAAAGUGGACGACCUUCUGGAGAGCUACAUGGGCAUCAGAGACACCGAACUUGCCGCUACCAUGGUUGAAGUCGGCCGGGACAAGAAGAACCCCGAUGAAUUCGCCAUGGCGCUCGACCAGACCCUCGGAGACUUCGCUUUUCCCGAUGAGUUUGUCUUUGACGUGUGGGGGGCCAUCGGAGACGCCAAGCAGGGAAGGUUUUAGGGUUUCUGCAUCAUCCCGUCCACAUCGCACACUUCUUCCCCGACUCAGCAUUUUAACAUCCUGAAAAGCCACUGGACAAACAUCGAGAGGCUGGACAGAGGUUCUCCCUUUAGCUUUAGCUCUCGGCUGGGACGUAAAAGAAUUCAACUGGUUUAUGUUGUAAUC